AUGGAAGCGGCGCCCACAGCCACAGCCAAGGGCACCGCCAAGCCCAAGCCCGAGCCCGAGCCCAAGCGCAAGCGUGGCGACGUGGCAGAAGAACCCUCCGCCGCCGCCAUCGCCGAGGUGAGCGACGCGGAGGUGGAGGAGUUCUACGCCAUCCUCCGCCGCGCCUCCGCUGCACGCCGCCUCCACGCCUCCUCCAACUUCUCCUUGGAGGACUUCGCGCCGCAGCCGCAGCCGCAGCCCGUAGCCGGGAACGGCACGGCGCGCCGCGGCCUCGACCUCAACGCCGAGCCGGAGCCGGAGCCAGAGCCGGAGGCCCCUGCAGCAGCAGCGCCGACGCGUACUAAUUAG